UCCAGUCAACUGCGCACGCGUAUUAGACUUUUCUGGAGUCAUGGCGGUGGACGCUGUAAACAUAACAUUAUAACUAGCAAGUUGUUCAAGGUAGGUUUUUCUACGGAGAAGACAAAAUUCAGUUCGCUGGCCCAUGCACAGCGAGAAGAAACCUACAAUGGAAGAUACCUGGAAAACAGGUGACUUGGAAAAGCACUUGAAGAGAGGGGUGUAUGAUGAAGACAAUAUGAGGAGAAAAGACAGAAGGAGGAGAGAUGAGGAGGGGAAGAAGGGCAGAAGUGGGGAUUCAGAGCGACGACACAGAGACCAUGAAAGGGAGGCAACCAGGGAGAGGGACAGACACAGGGAGAGAGAUGCCACUGGAGAAAGAACCAAGCCCAGAGACCCAGAUAAGGACAAGGACCAAGACAGGCGGAGAGAGGGCACAAGGGACAGAACAGCAGGAAGGGACGAGAGAGAGCGAGAGAGAAGGCAAGAGAGAGCGGAAGAGAAAGAACGAGUGGGAGACAACAGCAGAGCCAGGGACAGAGGUCACGAGAGCAGGGAACGGCAGCAUGAAAGAGCAGAAAAGGAUAGCAGAGACGGGGAGAGAGAAAGGAGGAGAGUGGAGCGGGACCGCGAGCGAGGGACAGAGAGGGAGAGAAAGAGGGAGGAGGGCAGAGAUGGAGACAGAGAGAGGGACAGGGAAAGAACCAGAGAGAAGGAGAGGGACAGAGACAGAGAAAAAGACAGAGAUAGAGAGCAUAACUAUGAGAGGAGAAAAGAGAAAGACAGACACAGGGACAGGGAGAGAGGCCACAGCUCCAAACAUGUUAAAGAAAUGAACGACUACACGGAAGAACUGCAGGAGAAGCAUUAUGAAUCAAAGAGAGAAAACGAAAGAAGAGAAAGACACGGUGAAAGAGAACAUUCUAGAAGGAAAGAGGACAAAGAGUACCAAGAACAACGACGAAAAGAAAAAGAGGAGAGGGAAAGGAGACACAGAGAAAGAGAAGAGCAUCAGCCCAGAGAGAGAAGGAGGCGUGAAGAUGGGCCGAAGGAGGAAGAGCGAGAGAGGAGACGCCCAGAGCGCCAGGAGGAGACCCGGCACCACCUCUCCAGUGACAGGAGGUCACACGACCAGCAUGGGAAGAGGAGGCCCGUGGAGGAAGGAGAUGGAGAGGACGGUUUGGUCCAAGUGGCUCCUGAAGCACGUUUGCACUCGGGAAGAAACAGAGAGAGGCAAGAGCCCAAAGAAACCAAGGUUGAAAAGGUGGAAGUUGAGAUUGAGAAAGUAUCUGCUGAGGGUCCGGGGGAUGAAGAUGAAGCUGAAUAUUAUGAGGAGGACUUUGAGAAAAUGGAUUACGAGGAUGAUUUUGAAGAGAUUGAUGAGAGUGACAGAGAGGAAGGUGAUGAUGGGGCGAUGAGUGAAGAAGGACACAAGGAGGAGGAGGAGCUGUCCCCACAGAAAAGGCGGGAAAUUGAGGAAAUCCGGAGAGCCAUGAAUGCAGAAAAUGAGAGGGUCCAUUCAUCCCAGCAGUGGCAUGCAGUGGAGGAGUCUGAAAUAGCGAAAAGAAAUUCUGAUGUUCCUCAAAGAAAAAACACUCAGCAUGGGAAGUUUAUAGACUUUGUAGCGGCCAAGCACAGGGAAGUAGGCAAGAAGAUAGCCAGCAAGCAAAAAAAACGCAGUGCGGAGUUGCUCAGAUUGAUUGAUCUGGACUUUUCAGUCACUUUUUCUCUACUGGACCUGCCUCCAGUGAAUGAAUAUGACAUGUAUAUUAAAAGCUUCGGGACGACAAACACUAAACAGGCAUAUGUCCAGUGUAAUGAAGACAACACGGACAGAGACGUUCAGACAGAGGAGAUUGAGGCUGAUGAUAAAUGGACACAGCAUCCUGGAGACAGCCGCACUGUCUGUGGAGGUCCAAAACUCAUCAGUGAGGCCUCUGAUGAAUCCAUGGCCAAAAUGAACAUAGAUUCCAAACGACUGGCAGAAUUUCUGCUCUCAGCCUCUCAGGUGGUAGCCAUUCUGUUGGAAGAGGACAGAGCUGAAAUGCAUUCCUGGAGGAAGCAGAAGUCCCAGGCACGCACUUUGUCUUGCAGUGACGGAUGUCUGCAGCUCAACACUAAGCUGCCAUUUCUGCAUGGCCGGGAGGUGAGUCUGAUCAGCUUCUCUCAGGUCCAGAGGCAGACGCUGCUGUCUGUCCACGGUCCUGCCACCAAGCCCAGCGCGGUCCGCCUGGACAGCAAGACCAUCCUCUGCAUCUGGAACAUCUGGCAGCCCUCGUGUCCUCAGAAGGUCCUGGUCUAUGAAUCAGAGGUGCUGUGCUGCUGCUUCAGCCCCGGUAAGGCCACGCUGGUGUUUGCCGGCACCGCUGUGGGCUCUGUGGUAGUCUGGGACCUGCGGGAACACUCCACCCUGCACCAGACGUUAAGGAUUGGAGACAACGACUGGACUCUGCGCUAUCCCACCUUCUCCACCGACUCUGUUCUGUCGCCGGUUGGUCACUUCUCCUCUGUGAGGUCAGUGGAGCCGGUCCCUGUUGCAGUGGCUGAGGGUGUGAGGCCAGAGCUGUCUCUGCUUCCGUCACACCAAGAGUCAUCAGGACUGUCUUUCCAGUUAGCAUCUCUGGAUGAAAGUGGAGUGAUGAAUCUGUGGGUCGUAGUGGAACUACCGAAGGCCGACCAAGCGGGUUCACAGACUGACUUGGGUCUCAAACCGGGCGGAAAAGUUAAGCUGCUUCACAGUUCCACACUUUUUACCAACGAGAGCAGGUCCCCCCAGAGAGACGCAGUGAAAACAGAACCCCUGCGCACUCUGCUCUUAAAGUUCUUCCCCUCCGACUCCAGCCAUUUCUUCAUCGGCACAGACAUGGGUCUGGUGACUCACGGAACCAGGCACGGGUUAAAAAUUCUGCCAAAGUUCUACAGGCCACAGGAGGACGGACUCCGACCCGUCCACAUCACGACGGUGGACGUCUCUCCAUUCGGAGAACCUCUUUUCCUGGUUGGCUGUGCGGACGGCAGUGUCAGAAUGCACUCGGUGAGCAGCGAGCAGCCAGUGAUGGAGUGGAGCAGUAGUACAGCCGGGCAGCCGGUGCUCUCUGUCCAAUGGGCUCUCACCAGGCCGGGGGUCUUCUGCGUCUUAGACGCAGCCUCUAACCUGCACGUGUGGGACUUACUGGAGAAGGACUAUGAGCCAGUAGCAACAGAGGAGCUCCAUUCAGACAGGGUUACCGCCAUGGCUGUUUUCGGGGACCCGGCCAAACCAAACACAUUAUCAGGAGUGUCUCUGGCCAAGCAGUCCGGGGAAAUUGAAAUUCAGUACUUCAGUAAGAGGUGGGCAGUGCCCGCCCCUGCAGAGAUAGAUACACUGCACAACAUACUGAACAAGUCUUUCUGAAAUAUUCCACCUGCUGUUGGCUUUUGGACAUUUCAUCUUACCUUCUAAAAAAAGAAAAAAUAUUAAAUAACACACCUUGCCCAAACUAGUUUAAUAACUGGAGUCACAAAAUAUCACUUUUUUCAUUAAAAGGCAAGCGUGGCUAUGAGGAAUGCAUGGAAUCUUUGACUGUUUUUAUGUCACUGGCUUUGUCCAUAUGAACAUGUAAGCAUAAAGGAAUAAAACUGUCAGUCACACCUCAAAGAGGUUCACCUGGAACUUUUGCACAAUCUUUCUUGGACAAAUCACGUUUUCUGCAGAAAGACUGCAUUUACACUUCAAAAUGGAAACUGCGAUGACAUUCUGCAGCCUCCUUCAGUUGAUAUCUGUUAAGCUCCAAAGAUGCGUAUAAUAUGUAAUCUCACUUGUUGGCUGAAGAGAACGAAAAGGUAGAAUGUAUUUAAAAGCAGCCAGCUCAUUCCACAGUGAACACAUGUAUUUUUUGUACAAAUAAAAUGUAAUAGUUAUACAAUAGAGUAUAUUUGUAUAUGUAUUGUAUUGUUAUUUUUCAACCAAUAAAAUUGAUUCAUCA